AUGAGCUUCCUUCAUUCCUCCAAUGAGGACAAUACCAGUGUGGAUUACUCCUCUGAAUCCUCUUAUUCCAAAGAUAUUGAAACCCCAGUGAUCUCGAACUCCACCAGGUUAUCUCGUGGGAAGCCAACGGCAACUGCUGAGACAACGGUGACGAUUCCGUCAGAACAUAAUAACAAGUUGUUCUUUUUGCCGACAAUGAAUGAAGAGACCUUCAUCGAUCACGGUUGCACUUUGGACCCGGAAGGCUAUCCUCUACUCCCAUAG